AUGGAGUCAUCAUCAGGUGUGGAACGCCUCAGAGAGGUGUGUGAUCGCCUCCAAGUGGAUGUAUUCGGCCCCACUUUCUUCUACUCUGUCUUCAAUAAGGACUGCACAUGGACGCUGGGAUCCGGGUCGUUUGGCAGUUGUUCUGUGGCAUCAGUUGGGGACUCCUGGUGGGUGGCUAAGACUUGUGUCGACUCGCCAUGGAUUAUUAAUUCGUUAGUCGGUGAAAUAGAGGCCCUGUGGGAUCUGCAAGGAUUGGCUGGCGUGCAGAAGUUGAUCGGCGUCUGCCCUGAGACCCUCACCCUGAUUACGGAAUUUUCCGGUGAGACUUGGGCAACAGUACUGGAGCGGGGCCAAUCUGUGCAAGAGAAUCUGGUGGUGAUAAGUCAGGUGUGCCGGAUCGUGGAAACAAUCCAUGCACGGGGAUGGGUACAUGUGGAUAUAAAGGCGAAUAAUAUCUGCCUACAAUACACGAUUGAGGGAAUACAGGUUACCAUUAUUGACUUUGGGUUGGCCAUGCUCAUUGGGAAACAGUGUAACUUUCAGAAAGGUGCCCAGAGCACACACAUUGCACCCGAGGUCUUAGAGAACCACCCAUGUACCCCCGCUGCUGACGUGUACAGCAUUGGCAGGAUGUUUGAAUUAUCUGCCUAUUAUUGCGACUUAAAGGACCAUUUCGCUGUGCGUUUGUAUAUGACUCAGGCGCUGAAGCCACGGAUCCAUCUACGGCCGGGGUUGGAAAAACUAACAGAAGAAUGCUCCAAAGCGCUUAUUAUGGAGAGGCGAUACAUAGCUAUCAGUACUGGUACAAUGCCUCAAGAGUCAGACACAGCAGUAGGAUACGGGAGACAUAGCCAGGCGACACAAUUGGCUUGA